AGGAAAGGGCUAGGACAUGGCGAGGGAACGGCGCUGGCCCGGCUGAUAGAGACUGGUGAUUUUCCCCCCUCCCCCUACCACACACACACACACACGCACUCACACACGCACGCACACACCCUUCCCCCGCCCCCGCACACACACACAUACACACACACACACAACUGAGAGGCCUUAUAUUCCCCCCCCCCCAGCUCCGAGCAUCCCGCCAGCCCAGCACCCCCAUGGACUGAAUGAAGACUGCCUACACCGCCUAUCGAUGCCUCACCAAAGAGCUGGAUGCCUGCGCCAUGAACCCGGAGAUGACAAUGGACAGUCUGGGCAGUUUGCAUGGGGCAGCCAGCCAUGAGCAGGAUCUGCUGGGCACCCCCAGCCCGCACCACCCCAGCCGCAGCGCCGGAUCGCUACGGGUCCAUCCUCCUCCUUCGCACCAGGACUUAGCUUCUGCCUCUUCCCGCUCGGCCAUGGUGUCCAGCAUGGCUUCCCUGCUAGACGGGGCAGGGGAUUACCGCCCGGAGCUGUCCAUCCCCCUCCAUCAUGCCAUGAGCAUGCCCUGUGACUCCUCGCCCCCUGGCAUGGGCAUGAGCAGCACCUACACCACUCUGACUCCACUCCAGCCCCUGCCGCCCAUCUCCACCGUCUCCGACAAGUUCCACCACCCGCACCACCACCCCCAUGCCCACCACCACCAUCACCACCACCACCACCAGCGCCUCUCCGGCAAUGUCAGCGGGAGCUUCACCCUGAUGAGGGACGAGAGGGGUCUGCCGGCCAUGAACAACCUCUACAGCCCCUACAAGGAGAUGUCCGGCAUGGGGCAGAGCCUGUCCCCCUUGGCUGGCACCCCCUUGGGCAACGGAUUGGGGUCCAUCCACAACACCCAGCAGAGCCUCCAUAACUAUGGACCCCCCAGCCACGACAAGAUGCUCAGCCCCAACUUUGAUGCCCACACUGCCAUGCUGGCCAGGGGUGAGCAGCACCUCUCCCGGGGGCUGGCUACCCCCCCUGCGGCCAUGAUGUCCCACUUAACCGGUAUGCACCAUCCUGGACACCCUGGCCAUGCUCAGCCUCACGGGCCCGUGUUGGCUUCCAGCCGGGAAAGGCCGCCCUCCUCCUCUGGAUCUCAAGUUAACAACUCUGGGCAGUUAGAAGAGAUCAACACCAAAGAAGUGGCCCAAAGGAUCACUGCAGAGCUGAAGCGCUAUAGCAUCCCCCAGGCGAUCUUUGCCCAGAGGGUGCUGUGCCGUUCUCAGGGGACCCUUUCAGACCUUCUAAGGAACCCUAAACCUUGGAGUAAGCUGAAAUCUGGCAGGGAGACGUUCAGGAGAAUGUGGAAAUGGCUGCAGGAACCCGAGUUCCAGAGAAUGUCAGCCUUAAGACUUGCAGCAUGCAAACGCAAAGAACAAGAACCGAAUAAAGACAGGAACAAUUCCCAGAAGAAAUCUCGUCUGGUUUUCACCGAUCUCCAGCGCAGAACACUUUUUGCCAUCUUCAAAGAGAACAAACGUCCAUCCAAAGAAAUGCAGAUCACCAUCUCCCAACAGCUGGGCUUGGAACUUACCACUGUCAGUAACUUCUUCAUGAACGCUAGGAGACGCAGCCUUGAGAAAUGGCAGGAUGAUUUGAGUACAGGGGGAUCCUCUUCAGCCUCCAGCACUUGUACCAAAGCAUGAUUGAAGAAAGGAAUCUAAAUUAGGCACAACUCAACCAUAAAAAAGAGAAAAAAAGAAUGAAAGGAAAGAAAAAGUAUGGAUUCUGAGUGGGGCCCUUCACUGGUGAUUUGAAAGCACAAUUCUCUUGGAAAGUAAUUCUAGUCUAGUUGUAAACAUAGGACACUUUUUUAAUGGCUAUUUAGUCAGUUUUAGAAGGCGCAAAUCACGAAUUAAUCUCUUUCUAUAUAGUAUUACAUUCAAGACAGGCUAAGCAUAUCCAAAAUAUAAGUGGGUCAUUCAUGACAUAAAUUUUUCCUGAGAGCCAAUGAAGACUUCAACUAUGGACCAGCAUUUAAGGCGAUGGGAGUACUGCAGGAUUGCCCAGAGUUGGUAGCUAAACAGAAAUGCAAACAUGUGUGACCUACUUUGUUUUCCAAAUGCUUAGGCUUGCCACACCACAAAAUACCAAAGCUUACACCCAUAACAUGAUAACAUGAGAACUGAGCACAAAUCUUAAAA